AAGCAGAGCUACUGACUGUAUGGGGGCUCUGCGGUUCCACUCUCUCUGUCUCUUCCUCUCGACAUCCACACGAGCUGCCUCUGCUCCUACUCGUUUGUCGCCUUUACAUCACCACUCUCAUGGCCAUCUCGUUUUCAAGGCGAAGCCUUACACUUUGGCUUCAAGGGACUUAUCCACUCAAGUCACAGCAGAAGCAGAGGCACCAGAGAACAUAGAGAAGCACCCGAAGUCAGGGCAAGAGGGGUUCAUUACUCCUCGUUCGCAUGAUUUCAACGCUUGGUAUGCUGACAUCAUUGCCAAUGCUGAACUCGCCGAUUACGGCCCAGUUCGUGGCACCAUGGUUAUACGCCCUUACGGCUACGCUAUCUGGGAAGCUAUUCAGGAUUACUUGAAUGCUAAGAUCAAGGAGACGGGUCAUAAAAAUGUAUACUUUCCACAAUUUAUACCAUACUCAUUUAUAGAGAAGGAAGCUAGUCAUGUUGAGGGUUUCAGUCCAGAACUGGCACUUGUGACUAUUGGAGGAGGAAAGGAACUUGAAGAAAAGCUUGUGGUUCGACCUACUAGUGAAACCAUUGUGAAUUACAAGUUUACUCAAUGGAUUCGUAGCUACCGCGAUCUUCCACUCAUGAUUAAUCAGUGGGCAAAUGUCACAAGAUGGGAAAUGAGGACAAAACCUUUCAUUAGGACCCUUGAAUUUCUGUGGCAAGAGGGUCAUACAGCACAUGCAACCCUCGAAGAGGCAGAAGAAGAGGCAUUAAAAAUGAUCAGUGUCUAUAAAACCUUUGCUUAUGAGCAAGCAGCAAUACCUGUCAUUGUCGGUCGAAAAUCUAGGCUUGAGACAUUUGCUGGUGCUCUGAGGACCUAUACAAUUGAAGCCAUGAUGGGUGAUCGAAGGGCUCUACAGGCUGGAACUAGCCACAACCUUGGACAGAAUUUCUCCCGUGCCUUUGAAACACAGUUCACGGAUGAAAAUGGACAAAGGCAAUAUGUAUGGCAGACAUCAUGGGCUGUCAGCACCCGUUUUGUUGGUGGUAUUAUCAUGACUCAUGGAGAUGAUGCAGGUUUAAUGCUUCCUCCCAAAAUUGCACCAAUUCAAGUGGUAAUUGUACCAAUAUGGAAAAAGGAUGAUGAGAAAACAGGAGUUCUCAAUGCUGCAUAUUCUGUAGAGAAAGUAUUGAAAACAGCAGGGAUCAAAGUUGAGUUGGAUGCCUCGGAACAGAGAACCCCUGGAUGGAAAUUUAAUUUCUGGGAGAUGAAGGGUGUCCCUUUAAGGAUUGAGAUUGGACCUCGUGAUGUUUCAAGUGGGACAGUUGUUAUAUCUAGGAGAGAUGUUCCUGGAAAGCAAGGGAAAGUUUUUGGAGUUUCGAUGGAAUCUUCCAUUUUGGAAGCCUAUGUGAAGGAUAAGUUGGAUGAGGUCCAGUCAUCACUUUUGGAAAAGGCUAUAUCAUUCCGAAAUAGUAAUAUUUUGGAUGUAAGUUCAUAUGACGAGCUCAAGGAAGCAAUUUCCCAAGGAAAAUGGGCGAGAGGUCCUUGGUCAGGGAGUGAUGCAGAAGAGUUACGGGUGAAGGAAGAGACAGGUGCAACAAUUAGGUGUUUUCCUUUUGAGCAGCCCGAAGGGACAAAAACAUGCUUCAUGACUGGUAAUCCAACAGAGGAAGUUGCAAUAUUUGCGAAAUCAUACUAAUUGUUGUGGCAUGAUUUCCAUUCUUGCUGUUCAUUCGUUCAUUUGGGAAGCACCCAGCACAUUUUUGUUGACCUAUGUUCUCUCCAACAUAUAAUGUAUUGAUCCAAAGGAAUAUGGAUUUAAGCG